AUGCGUACUUCAUUCAUCCUCUCUGCCGUCGUGGCCAUCUUCAGCGUCUUCGCUGCUGCCUCCCCCGUCGCAGCUCCCGCUCCAGAGCUCAUAGUCCGCGACACUACCAGCGAUGCCAUCACUGGGCACCUCACCAGCUGCAAAACUGAGCUCGAUACCUGCCACAAAAAGUGGACCAGCACCUGCAGCGGAAGCUGCUCCAGCAAUGACAUUAUCAGCUGGCAGAAGGAGUGCGCAGUCAUCAUUGUCAAGUGGACCGGCACAAUCAAGGGAACUAUCCCCAGCGGAUGGAAGUGCCCUACCAGUGUCAUCAGCAUCAUUGUUAAACUUGUAGUGGAGAUUAUCAUCGCCAUCAAUAUUUGCCUUACCUUCUUGCUCGGAAAGUGUGGUCUUCUCGGUGGUAUCCUCUCCCUCGUCAUCAUUCUUGUUGCCUCCCUUCUUGUUGAGCUCAAGAUUGCGAUCAACGGUCUUCUCGUCGUCCUCGCCCUCGUUAUCGAUGGAUUGCUCAGCCUCGUCGUAACCCUUCUUGUCUCCCUUCUCGGAGGCGCCACUUGCUUCUGCUGCAGCUUGUUUGGUUUGAUCUUGUAA